AUGCGAAAAGAUUCUGGCAUGAGCGGAUUCGUUGUUUCUGACGAACGUUUAAAGAAUAUAACGUUGUCGAAAAUCGAAAAAUUACUUCUUUGUAAUGGAUCCAGCUUGCACAGGUUCUCAGCAAUGCCUUAUCCUGAUGAUGACUAUCUAAUGUCCGAGAGCAACCGUCUGAUAAACGAGGAGCUUUCUUUUGACACGGAUGAAGUUAGGGCUGAGUUCAAUAAUCUUCACAGGUGUCUAAACGGUGAUCAAAGAGUAGUGUAUAAUGAAAUUAUGGAUGCUGUUCGAAGUGGUAAUGGUGGUGUUUUUUUGUGUACGGUUAUGGUGGUACGGAUUGUUAUUAAUGUUACUUCAAGUGGUAUUGCAUCUUUGUUGUUAUCACGAGGUCGUACUGCUCACUCUCGAUUUCAUAUUCCAAUUAAUGUCAAUGAAGAUUCGGUAUGCCAUAUAAAGCCUAAUACUGAAGUUGCGAAUCUUCUAUAUGAAGCCAAGUUGAUUAUUUGGGAUGAGGCACCGAUGGUACACAAACAUGCUUUUGAGGCUCUUGAUCGUACAAUGAAGGAUGUUUUGAGUGUGUUUGAUUCACGAAAUUCAGAACUUCCAUUUGGUGGGAAAGCUAUCGUCUUUGGUGGUGACUUUAGACAGAUCCUACCUGUUGUACAAAAUGGAAGCGGGCAAGAAAUCGUAAAUGCCUCUUUAUGUUCAUCCCACAUCUGGUCCAGUUGCAAGGUCUUAAAAUUGACAACCAACAUGCGUUUAUCGGUUGGAUCCAGUAGCUCAAACAUCGAGGAGAUAAACGAAUUUGGUAAAUGGCUUCUUGACAUCGGCGAAGGUAAUGUUGGUGAUUCUAACGAUGUUGAUGCAAAUAUUGAAAUACCUCCUCAUCUCUUAAUAACUGAUGAAAAUGAUCCAAUUCAAGGUUUGAUUGACUUUGUAUAUCCUUCAGUUCUUCAUCGUUAUAAAGACUGUGACUACUUUUCUGAGAGAGCUAUACUCGCUCCUAAGAAUGAAGUUGUUCAUGAGAUAAAUGACCGUUUGCUUGCUUUGUUUCCCGGUGAAGAAGUAGAGUAUCUUAGCUCUGAUAGUUUAUGUCCGACUGAGGAAAUUAACGAUCCGUUACAUCAAGAUUUGUAUAAUCCAGAUGUGUUAAAUAGUGUGAAAGUAUCAGAGUUACCAAAUCAUAGAUUGCAAAACGGUUUGUGCAAUGGUACGCGUCUUCAAAUCACACGUCUUGGUAAACGUGUUAUUGAGGCUGAGAUAUUAUCAGGAAGUAAUGUUGGUUCAAGAACUUACAUCCCAAGAAUUAGCAUGAUUCCAUCUGACAAGAAAAUUCCCUUCAAAUUUCAACGAAGGCAAUUUCCAAUAACCGUAUGUUUUGCGAUGACUAUUAACAAAAGUCAAGGACAAUCUCUAUCGAGAGUUGGUAUAUACCUGAGAGACCCCGUGUUCUCACAUGGUCAGCUUUAUGUUGCGUUGUCGAGGGUAAAGACUAAAGAUGGCGUUAAGGUUUUAAUAUUCGACAAAGAUGGGAGGCCAACAAAUAAAACGGCAAACGUUGUUUACAAAGAAAUAUUUGGGAAAUUGUAG